AUGGCAGUUUUCUCCGCCAAAGGAAGCUGGUACUGGUGGCUGUUAUUGCCAAAUAUGUACAUGUCCCUGUUGUGGCGGAUAUCCAGCCAAAUGACCAUCUGCACCCUCCUAAUGACUCCAUGGAAAGCCUCAAUAUCUCUCAAGUAUGACAGGAAUGUUAUUGGUCCACUAUUCCUGUCAGUGCCAGUUGGUGUUGGCUAGGUGUACGGCUGCGACAGUCCUUGGACAGGAGGUCUCAUCCUUCUGGCCCUGCUGCUUUCCUCACCAACUAUCUGUUUUCAUGCCAUGUGAGGCUCUGCUGCUGGCAUGUUGUCUGGAAUUGCUCUUGCAGCCCCUCACUAGGACAUUUACUCUGGGCUGUGGGGAUAUAACAGCGCUCUAUCCUGCAUUGCCAUCGGAGGGGUCUUCUAUGUCAUAACAUGGUAAACCCAUCUACUGGCUUUAAUGUGUGCACUUUUCUGCACAUACAUGACUGCAGCGAUAUCAAAACUGAUGUCUGUGCUCGCAUUACCAGCCUGCACGUGGCCUUUCUGCCUGUCGACUCUCAUCUUCCUCCUCAUUUCCUCUGAGAUCCCAGCCAUCUGCAGACUACCUCUGUCUGUGGUCUCCUACCCCGAGGAAAACCGGCGCUACCGGAGACAAUUAAAGGCAUCAGAGACAGCUCAGCUCAGUCAGGAGAGCAGCAGCCAAGAAGAGGCCGAGCUGAAGGAGAACAGAGAACCAAAUGUCCAGUUAGCAUUGGACAGCAGCUGCAGUGAAUCCCUGGGUUGUUAG